CACGAGUGGGUUAAAUUGAAGAGGAAGUGUCGCUGUGCAUUGAAGGCAGAACUUCCUGUCAGAGAGAUACACAGUUUGAAUGGUUCGUGGCCUGAAACUGUUUAAAGACAUAAAUAAAUAUAAGAAAUAUCUGCACUCCUCUUUACAGAAUGAAUUACAUGCCGGGGACAGCUAGCCUCAUUGAGGAUAUCGAUAAAAAACACCUGGUACUUCUCCGAGAUGGAAGAACGCUAAUUGGCUUUUUGAGAAGCAUAGAUCAGUUUGCUAAUUUAGUCUUGCAUCAGACGGUGGAGCGAAUCCACGUAGGCAAAAAGUAUGGGGACAUCCCUCGAGGAAUAUUUAUUGUAAGGGGAGAAAAUGUUGUUCUACUUGGAGAAAUAGACCUUGAGAAGGAGAGUGACACGCCUUUACAGCAAGUAUCCAUCGAGGAGAUUCUAGAAGAGCAGAGGGUGGAGCAGCAGGCAAAACAAGAAGCUGAGAAACUGAAACUCCAAGCCUUAAAGGAGAGGGGACUUUCUAUCCCGCGGGCAGACACGCUGGAUGAAUACUGAAACCGUCCUUUUUCUUUCUUUUUUUUUUUUUUUUAAACACUCUUCCGUUUUAAA